UGUGCCUCCCCCAACUCUCUGUGUGCGUGUGUGCAUCAUCUGUAAGAGCUCCCCUCUCCCCCCUCCCCUCCACCUCCCUUUCCUUUUCUUUUCAUGAGAUUCAGAGCUAGCGGAGGAGCGGGAGCAGCAUGUCGCUGCAGUUGUUCUAAUCUCGAGGUUCUCGUGGUCAGCCUGGCUGCCCCUCGGCUCUCCAAUGUACCAGGCGGCAGCAGACUCUGUCAUUCAGGGCCUCACUGAGCCAUGCCCAGACGGAGCCCAUCCCAGCCGUGUUUCUCCCGCCGCGCUGACCACCACCAGACAGAGCUCCUUGACCAGCAGCUUCUCUGACCAUCUGGCUGGCAAAGACCCCCAGGCCAUGAGGACAGGUCAAAGGCAGAACAAAGGAAUGAGGACUCGCCUGGGAUGCUUGUCUCACAAAUCAGAUUCAUGUAGUGAUUUCACAGCGAUUCUUCCUGACAAGCCAAACCGGGCUCUCAAGAGGCUGUCCACAGAAGAAGCCACGAGGUGGGCAGACUCAUUUGAUGUGCUCCUCUCCCAUAAGUAUGGAGUGGCAGCAUUCCGUGCUUUCCUGAAGACUGAGUUCAGUGAGGAGAACUUGGAAUUCUGGCUAGCCUGUGAGGAGUUCAAGAAAACUCGAUCAUCCACCAAGCUGGUUUCCAAGGCCCACAGGAUCUUUGAGGAAUUUGUAGAUGUGCAGGCCCCUCGAGAGGUGAACAUAGACUUCCAAACUCGGGAAGAAACAAGAAAGAACAUGCAAGAACCCUCUUUAACAUGCUUUGACCAAGCCCAGGGGAAAGUGCACAGCCUUAUGGAGAAAGACUCUUACCCCCGGUUCCUGAGGUCCAAAAUGUACUUAGACCUUCUGACUCAAAGCCAGAGGAGGCUCAGUUAGAGCUGAGAUGGGGACCCAUGGAAAUCACAAGCUUUCCCCUUCCCCCAGCUGCCAAGACCAUAUUCCAAUGUGAACCGCCAUCAGUGUUUAACCGCAGUGGAGUUUGGGGUGGGAGGCUGGGGGUGGGAGGCAAAGAGUCAGUGGGGCUUCUUCCACUGUGUGACCCAACCGCCAUUUGCCCGGUUGUGUUUGUGUGCGGGUUAGUGGUACUGUCUCACAGCUGUUACCCUUCUCUGGGUCAGAAAAUGGCCCUUCAUAAUGCCUCGGGUCAUUUCUGCUGAGAAGGCAGGUUUGCUAUGCUGGGCUAAUAUGUAAAUAAUGCAAAAGCAAUUCACUCCCCUCUCCCUUUUCCCUGGCCACCACAUUGUAUUAUCUGACUUCUUGCUAGUUCCACAUCCUUGAGAGGAACGAGGGGGGGAAGAUGACUAUGGGUCUCUCUGAUGGGAUUUGUAGUUUAGAAACUGUUGCCAGUCCUGGGUGUUUGGACAUCGUUGUACCGGAAAGGAAGUUCCCAGGAAUCCUAGGUUACAGGAGAUGGAAGGGAAAAAAAAAUAUUUAUUAAGCGCCUACUAUGUGCCAGGCACUGUGCUAAGCGCUUUACAUUACUAUCUCAUUUGAUAAUAUAUCAUUUUAUAUAUACAUAUUAUAUAUAUAUAUAUCAUUUGAUUUCAGAUGGGAUUGAAUUAGUAAUCAGCUAUUUCUUUCAUUUCCAUUGGCCACCAUUCAGUGGGGAAAGAAUAGGGGUGGGAUGGGGAGGUGGGGCCAUUGGGACAAGCUGUAGUCACUGCCCAUCCUAAAUUAGGAGGCUGAUAGACUCUCUCUAUAGCAUUCUGAUGAAGGUACCUAACAGGGAGAUAAAAGAGUUCAUGGCCACAGUCACAGCUGUUUUCUGCUCAUAGGGAAGCAGAGGAUUCUCUUUUUGAUUGAAUUUUCUAAGUGUGAUCCCCUGGUCGAGGGGAGUCAUCUGUGGUGAAUGGUGCAUUAGACUAUUGCCAGGAAGGACAGGGAGGAAGAUGUAAUGUAGAAGUCCAAUCCCCAUAUUUGUUCAACCAUUUUCCAGAGGUGAAAUGACCAACAGAAAUAAUGACAAUAGGCUUUCCUAACCCAUCUGCCCCAUUCUCCUGUGAUAUCAGAUAUCACUGCUCUGGCCUCUCAGGAUAGAAAAUGAAUUCACACAACACAGCCAGCCUUUAUCCAGGUCCUAUUGUCCUUGAUUCCAACCCCAAAAGGGAGGACAUAUAAUUAAGAUGGGAAAAUUAGUCAGGAAGUCUCUUAUCUAUGUAGUCCUCUAAGAUUAUAUUCCCCACAAAAGAUCUCAUUAAAGCAACUACUACCCUAAAGAUACACUAGCUUUACCUUUUGGUGAUAAUCCUUGGAAGAUGGAAUUGGGGGUGAUUAAAAAAUGGGCAAUCAUUAGGUUGGGAGUCCAAUGGGGCUAGUGUCAGAGAGCUUUACCCAUUAAUAAUUGGAAAUUGUUUGGAAGCCCUUUCUGGGAUGAUGUGUGAGUUACUGGCAUCUGGUCUCAGCUACCUAGAAUCAAAUUAAUUUGGGCACGGAUGUGUGACCCUCAAGGAGAGAAGCACUUAAGUGAGAUAGGAGAAGGGUACCUGUCAGGUGCUUAGUCCCUGGCUAGGAUCACAGUGUAGACUGUUCUGCUAAAUUAGGGUAAGUAACUAUUGGAAUAAUCAUAUGUGAAAAGUGACUAUGUAGUGCAAUGGAAAGAGCCCUGUCCUGGAGUCUGGGUUCCAGUCUCUUUUCUGCCACAAUCUACUGUAUGACUUUGGACAAGUCAUUUCAUCUCCUCUGGAAGACUGGUUUUCUUAUAUGUAGAAUGAUCAGGGGUGGGGAGGGGUUAGAGCCUCACUAAAGUCCCUUGCAGUUCUGAAAUUCUAGGGUUUGAGUUCUUUGUGGUGCCCUCCAGACUCCAGGAUCCUCAGCAUUUGAGGGAUGAUGUUGGGAUUGCUCCAAAAAAAAAAAAAAAAAAAAAAAGAAUAUUAAGCAGGGGAAUUGAGUUUGG